CACCCCUACAUCUGAGUGAGGCAGUCCAACUUCUGGCGGCCAUAUUUAUACUUAGAAGCAGACAGACGGAGGUAGCACCCCCCUCCCCACACCGUGUACGUACCAACACUGCGUCAAGAUGAUGGAAGAAGUAAGCGGGGAGGACAGUCCAGCGGUCAGCCCGCUCCCCCCUGUCAGCACAGCAGCGCCACCUACCAGCAGUGCCACAGCUGCAGCCCCUGGUACACCAGCCGCCCCGCCGCCCAUGGGAACCCCCCAUCAGACCCCUCCCACGGGGCCAGCUCAGACCUUCUCCCCCCUACAGACCCCCCCUCCUGGACCGGGGUUUCCAGGGUACCAGCCUCCACCCCCUGCUGUAAGCACAAUGUACAGUCCCCAGCCUCCACCUCCUCCAGUCAGCACAAUGUACAGUCCCCAGCCAGGAGCCAACCCCUACAGCAUGCCAGUGGGCACUCCCAGUAGGACAGCCAUGCCAACUGUUCCCCUGGGUGUGGGGCAGUCCCCCCUGGCUGCAGGGCCUGCGGAGGGGGUGCAGGCUGGCAUCACGUUCCCUGAGGCUUCAGUGGAUCCACAGGACGACAUGAGGUACAGAGGCGGGGGCAGUAGUGGAGCAGGACUCUGGGGGUGGGUCACGGGGAACCCCCUCAUGCAGAAAGUGGUGGAAAAAACUAAGAGUUCUGUGGAAACCAUGAUCACAACCAUGGACCCUGGCAUGACUCCAUAUAUCAAGUCGGGCGGUGACAUUGACAUUGUCGUGGCGUCCGACAAGGAGGUUAAGGUUGCUGCUGUACGCGCUGCGUUCCAGAAGGUGUUCGGGAAGGCCACGGUAACGGGCGAGGCAUCGCAGUCCAACAUCGCGCCUCAGCCUGUCGGAUAUGCAGCAGGCCUGAAGGGUGCCCAGGAGAGAAUGGAGAGCCUGAGAAGAAAUGGCGUGAUCCACGAGAAACAGCCGUGCGUCUCCGUGGAGAACUUCAUCGCAGAACUGCUGCCUGACAAGUGGUUUGACAUCGGCUGCGUGGUGCUGCAGGAUCCGCUGAACGGCGUUACCUUGGAGAUGUUCACGCAGGCCACGCCCGUCCCACCGGAGGCUGUCACGCGAGCGCAGGACGAGACGCCGCCCGACUACAACCUGCGGUGGUCGGGGCUGGCGGUGACGUGCGGCGAGGCCAUCGAGCGCACGGUGCCGGGCGUACACCACACGGACUGGCACCGCGCCUUCACCGGGAUGUCCCGACAGGACAUGAUAUUCUCCGCAGCCGUGGCGCUCGCUGGCAUGUACAAGCAGAGAUUACCUGCCAAAACUGUAUAGGGGCACUGGGACUGUUAAGGCUCUCUGUAAGAUGGCGGUGGCUGAGCGACUGAAAUUGGAUUUGUGUUACUCGUGAUUUUAUAGUUGAACUACGAUUACAAGAUGUAAAGGUAUGAUACUAUAGACAUUAUAAAACGUUCUUUUCCAUGAAACUCGUUGAGAGAUCGUUCAAAUUUUUGGUCACUCAGCAAUCGCAGCCUUGAGUGGUUGUGCUAAAACCUGGUAAACAACAUGUAUAGGGGUGUACCUAGGGGCUGUAUUGGGGUGGGGUAUUGAGUUGUCAUUACAUGUACAGGGCUCGAAAUACUGGGUGCAUGUGCACCCAGGUGCACCCAAAAUUGGAGCUGUGCACCCAAUUAUUUUCUGUGGGUGCACAGGGUGCAC